GGGGCGGGCUUAUGAUGCCUCGCUGCUAAACACCGUUCAAAUGUUUCUGAAUGUAAAGAGACGCUCAAGCUGCUUCAUGUAAUCAAUCCCGCGGAUGUUCUCUUUCCCAAGUCAGUAGGCUUGUUGAGUACAUCCCUUUCAGUCAUCGAUGCCACGUUUAUGACAGCGACUGAUGAUGUGCGCGUCAGUUUUUUAGAAUAUGUGGAAUUCCAGAUCUGAUAUGUCUCUGUGUUCACCGAGCUCAACCAACCUGCCGCUUCUUGGAUUGUGGCGAAAACCGCUGGAGCGCUGUCCGGGGUUCUGAAGUCCUGACACCCCAAGAGGCGAAGAGAGCAGAGGCUUUCCGGGGUGUAUAGCGGUACAACUCAAGCUUGGAGAUGACUCGGAAAAGGCUGCAUUCUGUAGCAGUUUGGGGAUUCUUCGCCUGGGAAAUAGCAGUUAUGAUGAGUCUGGUGGCAUCGAAGGAACCUGACAGCCCCCGGGGAAGAACAGUUCCCAUGACUUCGUCACCCUCUGACUUCUUGGACAAGCUCAUGGGACGGACUUCUGGCUAUGAUGCAAGAAUCAGGCCCAACUUUAAAGGUCCUCCGGUGAAUGUAUCCUGCAACAUAUUCAUCAACAGCUUUGGGUCUAUUGCAGAAACAACAAUGGACUACAGGGUGAACAUCUUCCUGCGACAGCAGUGGAACGACCCUCGGCUGGCGUACAGUGAGUAUCCGGACGACUCCCUGGACCUGGACCCUUCCAUGUUGGACUCCAUCUGGAAGCCCGACUUGUUCUUCGCCAACGAGAAAGGAGCCCACUUCCAUGAAGUCACCACAGACAACAAGCUCCUGAGAAUAUUCAAGAACGGCAACGUUCUUUACUCCAUCAGAUUGACACUUACUCUGUCAUGUCCCAUGGAUCUGAAGAAUUUCCCCAUGGACGUGCAAACGUGCAUUAUGCAGCUGGAGAGUUUUGGCUACACCAUGAACGACCUGAUCUUUGAGUGGCAGGAGAGGGGUCCUGUCCAGGUGGCCGAGGGGCUCACAUUACCCCAGUUCAUCCUCAAGGACGAGUCCGAUCUCCGCUACUGCACCAAGCAUUACAACACAGGUAAGUUCACCUGCAUCGAAGUGCGCUUCCACCUGGAGCGUCAGAUGGGCUACUACCUGAUCCAGAUGUACAUUCCCAGUCUGUUGAUCGUCAUCCUCUCCUGGGUCUCUUUCUGGAUCAACAUGGACGCGGCGCCGGCUCGUGUCGCCCUUGGCAUCACCACGGUGCUCACCAUGACAACGCAGAGCUCAGGCUCCAGAACAUCGCUGCCCAAGGUGUCCUAUGUGAAGGCCAUAGACAUCUGGAUGGCCGUGUGCCUGCUCUUCGUGUUCUCCGCCCUGCUGGAGUAUGCUGCGGUCAACUUUGUCUCCAGGCAACACAAGGAGCUCCUCAGGUUCCGCAAGAGGAGAAAGAAGACCAAGAGUCUCACGCCAGUUCUCGAUGGCGAGAACUCUGACUCACUGCGUCGUAUCAACGGCAUGAGAAGUGCUGAGCCCAUAUAUGGAUCUAUGGGCCAUAUCUACAGUCCAAACUACAGGGAGGACGACGUGCGGGAGAGCCGCCUGAGCUUCACGGCCCCAGCGGGCGCCACCUGCACCACGGGGAAGGACGGCGCCGCCCCGAAAGCCGCCAACAACAGCGCGGUUCAGCCGGCCCAGUCCAGUGCCCAGGCCGCCGCUGCCGCCGCAGCCAAAAACCACGAAGAGAUGCGCAAGCUCUUCAUUGACCGCGCCAAGAAGAUCGACACUGUCUCCCGCGCCGGCUUCCCCCUGGCCUUUCUGUUUUUUAACAUUUUCUACUGGGUCCUGUACAAAAUCUUGCGCCAUGAGGAUUUUCAUAAGUCAUAAGCGUGAGUGUGACAGAGCCACCUGUAGAAGUACGGGAUGGAAAGACAGCAUCCUUAGGAUGUUUUACAUGCCCCUGUUGGCAACUACGGACCACUGAACAGUGACAUCCGCUGCAAAAUGAAGUCCUGCCAAGACACCCAAAACACACACUUGCAGAUGUGCACACACACAAGCUAAUACAUCCAAAUUGACUUGACUGCACAAAGAACCUGUAAAAACUAUUUGGGAUAUGUCUCAAAACUUAGCUGCUGUCAAGAUGUGCUGGACUGAGCCCACAAGUCCCCAUGCCCAAAAACAAACCAAGCCAACCACUGAGGUCUCUAUGCAACAUGGAAAAUGCAUUAAUGUGGUCCAGAUUAUAAUAAUUAACUCUCCCUCUCACUCUCUCUCUCUCUCUCUCUCUCUCUCUCUCACACACCACACACACACACACACACACACACACACCUACUCAAACAUGCUGAUAUACAGUACACAUAUCACAUAUACUCCCACUUUCUGCUUGAAAGUUGGAGCGGCUCUGUAUGCACCCUGAGCUGAGAGGGUUUUGAUAUCCCCUCUCAGCCUGCAGCUGCUUGAAUCCAAGCCCCCACCCCCUCCUCACCACACACACACACACACACACACACACACACACCAGAGCACUGUUGCACACUGCCUCUUAUCCACUCAAAAAUGAAAAUGAAAAAUGAGAUUUCCCUCAGCAGCACUAGUUGUGUCUUACAGCUCUACUGCCAAUGUUGUGUCUGCGUCUCGUCUCAUACUGUGUUUGUAUGGGCUACACACCUACUGUUUGUAACUUGGGACUUAAAUAUCACACAUAUUUAAAAACACAGGUUUGAUCACUGAUUUUUGAUGGUAAUGUUAUUUAUUUAAAGAAGCAAAGGCCGCACAGCAUAUCAUUUGACUUUCAGUUGCCUAAUAUGCUGUGUUAGUCUUUUGAUCUGACUAAGCAGAUUUCUGAACCGUAACCUCAGGGGGAUUUAAUGACACAUUGUCUCCAGACACUGAAACUAAAUAUGGCUUUCCAAACAUUUAGACAGAUGCCUGUGUAACUUGAUUACCUCUAAGCCAGUAUGGUAAAGAGUCAGUGGAAAUUGGAUUGAAUGGGAUUCUCUUUAAAUGGAUGAAAUGUUACCAAUGUAGUUAAAAAUAAAACACUGACUGCAUGGGUGGUGUGGGAAUGCAAACAGACUUAAGUCAAGACUUUAGUCAAGCUGAUUGGCUUUGUAUACCCUGAAAUGUUUAUCAGUGCUUUUUAGAUUGUCAUCACUGAAAUAAUAUGAAAGAGAUCCACAGGCCAAGAUACGAUGAACUGCUGCAUGCUUUGGAGUUGCAAAACUAAAAUGUUUAGAGAUAGAUUUCCAGUUGCAGUCAAAGAGAAAGACACAAAGGGUACGAGUGUACCUCUAAAGAGAUGCCAGCCCUACCCUUACCUGUAUUGAUCUUGUGUUGUCCAAACACAGUAUCUGAAAUAACACAAGCUAUUAAUAUAGUGUUUAUCAAUAUACUUUCUAUUUUUAUUUGAUUCUAGUCAGUGAUACAACCACUGUAUUUCUGAUUGGUGGCUCUUAUUCUUGAAAAGAACAAGUCGUGCAGGAAAGAUCCUGUAAAUCUCACAUUUUGAAUAUUACACAAUAAUAUACUGAAAAACAAAACUGUGCCAUAUGCUUUGGUAAAACAUAUCUAUACUCACACAUUCCUUAAAGCUUUGUUAGAUACAUAGAUUUUACUACCACUUCAUAUUAAUAUUUGACACAAUUGUACGCAAUGUGGAAGAUAAAAAGGAGUUGUACAUUUCUAUAAUGCAAGUGAAUUUAAUAAUUUAUUUUGUACAAAAACAUAAAAUACAUGUUAUGCAUGAAAUGAAGUUGAUAUUGAUGUAUUUUAUUUUUUGAAUUGAAAUUGUGAGUUGGAUCUGUUUGUUGACGUAUUCUAGCUGCUUUGACUGAGGGACUGAGGGGAGAUGAGAGAUGAAAACACACAUGCUUUCUUCCAUGUAUGUAAAUACUUUUCAUAAAAUAAAUACAUCUCCUUCAAAACAUCA